UUUUUGUACUUCUGUCGUCCAUCGGAGUUGUCAUAUGAUCAAUUUUCAUCAAGGGCCAAGAAAACGAAAAUGUUACGGAUUUUUGCAAUUUUUAUGUUCUGCUUUUUAGCAGUUCAAGGUGAUGGCAGAUUUUACGUGCUGAACGCGCCAGAGUCGUUAUCUUUCCAGGCCGUUUCUACUGCACUCCCAAGCGAACAGGUGGACGAUGUUAUUAAGGCAGCAAGAGGAUUGGAUGUAUCGGACUCCGCAAACUUUCCCGGCCUUGUGAUCACGGAUCCUUUCGCACUUCCACAAAAAGUAGUAGUUGUAGAUGUGAUUGGUUUGAAUGAAGUGCCCUUGAGUGAUGUCGUGGUGAGCUAUAAAUUAAAAGGAAAAUCUGUUUCGUCAUAUUUAGAUGACUUGAAUGUGGGUUUGACACAAGAUCCCUCUGACUGCAAUAUUAAGCUCUCUAGCAACCAGAAAAGUGAACUUGUGAACUGCGUAGAAACUCAAGUAAAAUCAAACAAUGAAUUCAUACUAGCAAAAAUAAACGUAUCAAAGCUUGUAAAAAGUGGUGUUGACAAAGCGUUGGUCAGCGAACUUAAAACUCUGCAAGCAAAAAUUGAGGGAGAAUCACCGAACUUGCUCUUUGUCGUUCUAACUCAUAAAGAUGAUGGUAGCAAUUCACGUAGGAGACGUGACACUUUAGCUGGAUCUAAAACUAAUUCGUACAACCUUGCUGCGUACUAUGAUGAAAACUACCCAGUAAUUUUCAACAUCAUCCUAUGGUUCAUGGUUGCUUUGGGUCUUUCAUUACUGGCUGUUUGCUACGCCAUCGCCGAUAUGGAUCCCGGUAGAGACUCGAUCAUCUACAGAAUGACAUCAACACGAAUGAAGAAAGACAAUUAAAGAGAAUCUUUCUAUCACACUUUAAUUUCUAUACAUAUAUUAAUUUAAAUAUUAUCUCCAAAUAGAAACGGAGAAUGUAUUAAAAAAAUUCCACGUUGAAAAUUGCAACAAAGCAAUUAUUGAAAAGUUUAAAUUGUUAUACCAAGAAAAUUACUUUUCAUAAAUAAUUCUUGUAUUUAUCCAAUUUUCUUUUUAAGACUUAUUAUAUUGUCUACCUCCAAGUAAUUCAUGUGUGUGUGUGUGUGUUGUUUACUUAUUGCAAAUCCAUCUGUAAGCUUUUAUAAAAGGGGUAGCACUACACAAGCAUAUUCGAAACAUGUAAAAAACGUGGUUACUAAAUAAAUUCUUAAAAA